AUGUGUCCUGCUAGAACACGUCCCAACUGGCCAAAACAGAUUAUUCCUUGGUGGACAGCAAGCUAUCCUACUGAAAAGCCGCCUUAUUCAUAUGCUACUUUGAUCGCACAUGCCAUCCUUUCCAGUAAAGACGGUAGAUUAACACUGAACGACAUUUACAAUUGGAUUGCAAAACAUUAUCCAUCAUUUACAGUAGGCAGCGGAGGAUGGCAGAACUCCAUUCGUCAUAACCUCUCUUUAAAUAAGAAAUGGUUUUGCAAAAUCGACAGAAGACCAACUCAAGCCAAUCCUGGUAAAGGUUGUUACUGGACAUUA